AUGGAUGGCUAUCAUCUUUCCCAGCAAUCUUACAUAACUGAGCUUUUGCAUACAACCUCCAUGUCCAAUUGCAAACCUUUACUCACGCCAUUACCAUCCAAAUUUCCCACAGAUAACAAUCUUGCCCUGCCAUUUCCUCAACCAGAGUUUUUUCGAAAACCAGUUGGUUCGCUGCAGUACAUUACCUCUACCUGUCCCGACAUAGCCUUUGCUGUCAAUAAACUCUGUCAACAUAUGCAUAGUCCCCAACUCCUUCACUUUCAGUUACUCAAACAUGUUUUGCGGUACCUGAAAGGCACUAUUACUCAUACUAUGUUUCUUCCCAAAACCCAGUUAACUCUCUCUGAGUAUUCAGACUCUGACAUAGCUGGUGAUCAGCUUGACCGUAAAUCUACCACUGGUUACUGCCUUUUCUUAGGCAAUGCUCUGCUUACUUGGUCAGCUAAGAAGCAAACAAUGGUAGCCAGGUCUUCGACUGAAGCUGAAUACCGUUCCAUGGCUGCGGUUGCCACGGACAUAAUAUGGACCCGACGUCUCUGUGAAGACUUUCUUCUCCCUCAACAGCCAACAAAAGUUAUUCUGCCACAACGUUUCUGCCAUGUCAAUUGUUGCAGAUGUCUUUACCAAGUAUCUUCCCUCAGCUUGUCUGCUCGAGUUGCGCAACAAGCUUCUGGUCAUUCCUCCCGUCAGCUUAAGGGACG